AUGAUAACUCCUCAAGAAUAACUUGAUAUAAGUAAGCUAUUUACCAUAUAAAGUUAUAAAAAAGAUUACAAAAUCCUUAUUAGGAAAAUCUUAAACAACCAUUAGAACUUUAGGAAAAACAUUCAGAGGGUUUGAGUCAUUUGAUAAAAAUAAUAAAAUUGAUAAAGAUGAAUUUCUAAUUGGUUUAAAGCAAAAUGGAGUAGUCUUAACAAAAUUUUAAACUGAUGUAAUUCUUAUUUACAUUUUAGUUUUUAUUAAAUUAUCUUGAUAGAAACAGAGAUGGAUCAAUAGAUAUUGCUGAAUUUUUUUAUUUAAUAAGAGUAAAAGAUAAAUUGAUAAAUAGGGAUCUCCAAAUGAAAAUAGGCUUUAAGUGAUAGUCUAGGCAUUCAAAAAAUUUGAUAAAGAUAAUUUGGGUUAUAUUGUGGCUGAUGAUUUCAAGGGAAUUUUCAAUGCAAAAAAUCAUCCUAAAGUUACAAGAGGAGAACUGACUGAAGAUUAAGCUUAUAUUGAGUUAUUAUAAUAUUUUAAGGAAGGAAAUAAAUCCGGUCGCAUCACUUUAGAUGUAUUAAUAAAAUAUCAAAUAUAGGAAUGGAAAGAAUACUAUGCUGCAGUCAGUGCUGAUAUUGAAUUAGAUGAUAAUUUUAUAGCAUUAAUCAAAGAAACAUGGAGACUAAAAUGAUUUAUUU